CAACAACACAAAUUUAUUCAUCAAAAAACACCACCACGAAUUAACUAUAUUUCUUUCUCUUGAUCUUUUCAUCAUCACCUUUCAGCUUAAUUUCUGAGAUAAUCUAAAAUGGCUAUUCCUCUGUCCAACACAGCACUCCUGCCUUUCCCAAAACCCAGACAAGCCACUAUACGAUCCCAAACCCAGAAUCCGAUUCGGUUUUUAGGCCAAGAAUUCUCAGACUUAACCACAAGGUCACGAAAUAAUAAUAUAUGCCGAAGGGCGUCCUCAAAAGCCAGUGACUCCUUAACCUCCAUUAUAACCGAGCUGGAGAAAGAAAGAAAAAGGAACGAAGAAGAAGAUGAAGAAGAAAAUGAAAUGGAUAUCGCUAAGCAACAAUCCAAGCAGCGUUUAACGGAUGUGUGGAGAGAAAUCCACGGAGAAGACGAUUGGGUGGGCUUGCUGGAUCCAAUGGACCCAAUUUUACGAUCCGAACUCAUCAGGUACGGCGAGAUGGCCCAAGCUUGCUACGACGCUUUCGAUUUCGAUCCGUUUUCCAAGUACUGCGGGAGCUGCAGGUUCACUCGUCGGAAAUUCUUCCAGGACCUCGAAAUGACCCAUCAUGGCUACGAAGUUUCUCGCUACCUCUACGCCACUGCCAACCUCAACCUACAAAACUUCUUCAAGAAGUCUCGGUGGCCUAAAAUGUGGAGCAACAAAGCCAACUGGAUGGGAUACGUUGCCGUUUCGGACGACGAAACCUCCAAACGUCUAGGCCGCCGAGACAUCACUGUCUCGUGGAGAGGUACGGUUACACAGCUCGAGUGGAUCUCGGACCUAAUGGACUACCUCACCCCCGUUUCGUCUAACAAAAUCCCGUGCCCUGAUCCGAGCGUGAAAGUCGAAUACGGGUUCUUGGAUCUUUACACCGAUAAGGACGAGUCCUGCAGGUUCUGCAAAUACUCCGCGAGGGAACAGAUCCUAACGGAAAUAAAAAGGCUACUGCAAAAGUAUUCCAACGAGGAAGUAAGUAUUACGGUCACCGGUCACAGCCUAGGGAGCGCCCUGGCGACUCUUAGCGCCUAUGAUAUCGUCGAAACGGGUCUCAAUGUGUUGCCGGACGGUAGGGUCGUGCCGGUAUCCGUGUUUUCUUUCUCGGGUCCUCGGGUGGGAAAUGUUAGGUUCAAAGAGCGGGCCGAGUCGUUGGGUUUGAAAGUGCUAAGAGUGGUGGCCGUUAACGACCCGGUUCCUAAAUCGCCCGGAAUUUUUUUCAACGAGAACAUUGCGCCGACGCUGUUGAAGUUAGCCGAGGGUUUGCCGUGGAGUUAUUGCCACGUUGGCGUAGAGCUCGAACUCGACCAUCGAAACUCACCGUUUUUGAAGGAGACCAAUGACCCAGCUUGCACACACAAUUUAGAAGCUCUCUUGCAUCUCAUUGACGGUUACCACGGGAAAGGCCACAGAUUCGUGUUAUCAAGUGGAAGGGACCCUGCGUUGGUGAACAAAUCCUGUGAUUUCUUGAAAGACCAUCACUUGGUCCCACCUAACUGGAGACAGGAUGAGAACAAGGGUAUGAUCAGAAACAACGAGGGUCGUUGGAUUCAGCCUGAACGUCCAAAACUUGAUGAGCACCCUGAUGAUAUGCACAUCCAUCUCAAGCAAAUAGGCCUCUCUUCUUCAGAUUAAUUUUAAUUCAUUAAUUGAUUAUUCUAAAAAACAAUGUCGUACGGUAUUUAGCUAGUUGGGCUGGUUAUUUACCAGUGUAUAUAUAUUAAUUGUAUUCACCCAAAAAAUAUAUAUAAAAAUUGUAAUUAAUGAAAUUUAUAUUAUUAUCCAUGAA